AACAUAGCAACCAAAUAACAAAAAUCGAACAAACAAGAAAUCGACACUACAACAGUUUUCUGUUUGUCUGAAAAAAUCGUCAGUAAAACAAUGAACGAUGGACACCUGGCCGGACUCAACAAGGAAACAAUAACUUCAAGUGACAUCAGUCGACUAGAGGCACUGUUUUACGAAAAUGUACACUUGGAAGAGCUGUACAAAGUGAGAAAUGAUGCCAAGUUACGUGCGGUGCUGUCAACUAAAUCUUACGAUGAAUUCAAAAACAUAGUGGAUGCUGCUCACUUAAGACCAAUUACCAAACAUGAUAAGACGAAUGCGGACACCAGAAAUCGACUGUGGAACACCAGUGUGAAGGAUAAAUGAAAAAUGAUUUGGAAAAGGAUUCAAAAAUAAAACUUUAAAUUGGUGACGAA